AUGUCGAAACGUGACGUCGUCCUCACCAAUGUCACUGUUGUCCAGCUACUGAGGCAGUCAUGCCCGGUGAUCAGACCUCCUUGUCCUCCACCUCCUUGUCCUCCUCCUCCUCCUUGUCCUCCUCCUCCACCUCCACCUGAGCCCAAAGUUGAGGAGCCACCACCCAAGGUCGAGGAGCCACCGCCACCACCACCGCCUCCACCCCGGGUAGAGCCAGUCAAAGAGGUUCCACCUCCCCCUCCACCACCACCACCCAAAAAGCCAUCUAAAGAGCUGACAGUGGGCAUCAAUGGAUUUGGACGUAUUGGUCGCCUGGUUCUGCGAGUCUGCAUGGAGAAGGGUGUUAAGGUGGUGGCAGUGAACGAUCCAUUCAUUGACCCAGAAUACAUGGUAUACAUGUUCAAAUAUGACUCGACGCAUGGGAGAUACAAAGGAAGUGUGGAACAUAAGAAUGGACGACUAGUUGUGGAUGACCUUGAGAUCCACGUGUACCAGUGCAAAGAUCCCAAAGACAUUCCUUGGAGCUCUGUAGGGAGUCCCUAUGUGGUGGAGUCUACAGGCGUAUACCUGUCCACAGAGGCGGCUUCGGCACACAUCUCAGCCGGAGCCCAGCGUGUAGUAGUCACUGCGCCCUCCCCCGAUGCGCCCAUGUUGGUCAUGGGUGUGAAUGAGAAGGAGUAUAAUCCUGGCUCUAUGAACAUCGUCAGCAAUGCAUCCUGUACCACCAACUGCCUGGCCCCCCUCGCAAAGGUUAUUCAUGAACGCUUUGGGAUCGUGGAAGGGCUGAUGACCACAGUGCAUUCCUACACGGCCACUCAGAAGACAGUGGACGGGCCAUCAAAGAAAGACUGGCGAGGUGGACGCGGUGCCCACCAGAACAUCAUUCCAUCCUCCACCGGGGCUGCCAGUGCCGUAGGCAAAGUCAUCCCAGAGCUCAAAGGGAAGUUAACAGGAAUGGCAUUCCGGGUGCCAACCCCAAAUGUAUCUGUUGUGGACCUGACCUGCCGCCUGGCCCAGCCUGUCUCCUACUCGGCUAUCAAGGAAGCUGUGAAAGAGGCAGCCAAGGGGCCCUUGGCUGGCAUCCUUGCUUACACAGAGGAUCAGGUGGUCUCCACGGACUUUAUCGGCGAUCCCCAUUCGUCUAUCUUCGAUGCUAAGGCUGGCAUUGCCCUCAAUGACAACUUCGUUAAACUCAUUUCCUGGUACGACAACGAAUAUGGCUACAGUAACCGGGUGGUCGACCUCCUCCGCUACAUGUUUAGUCGAGAGAAGUAA